AUGUCAUCUAAAAUUUGGAUUUGGAAAAACGUUCCCGGUAUUACUGGUCGAUAUAACGAUAUAAUUUAUUCACGUCCUGUAUUACCUUCAAAUCAUGAUGUUCUUGUAUAUUUUGGGGGUGAUAUUCAGGACAUUCAAGAAAACAUGGAACGUACAGAUAGUAAACAAUAUGUAGAAUGGAGUUUAGAAAAUACAGCUAAAAUACUUACUACAAACUUUCCUAAAAAACAUAUCCUUCUGAUUCGACCAUCUAGGAUAUUAGGAACAUUAAGCUGUUUUGAUAAUUUUGUACCGUCAAAAGAAUAUGGUAUACCGUUGUUUUGCCCAACACAUAAUGCUCUGAAACAUUUACAAGAAUUAAUUAAAUCUUCUUUAAAGCAAAUUAAAACCUAUAGUACGGAUAAGGAACUUGCUUUUUUGAAUAUUGAAGGAAUAAGGUUAACAUUAAUUGGCUUUAGUAAAGGUUGUGUUGUUUUAAACCAAUUACUCCAUGAGUUUCAUUAUUACCAAAAUAAAUUACAACCUGAUAUUGAAAUUAAUAAUUUCAUACAUCUCAUUAAAAGCAUGUGGUGGUUGGAUGGUGGUCAUGCAGGUUGGAAGAAUACAUGGAUUGUGGAAAAAUCUAUACUAGAAUCUUUUGCAAAAUUAAGAAUAGAUGUCAAUGUUCAUGUUACAUCAUAUCAAAUUCAAGAUCAUCAUCGUCCAUGGAUUGGUAAAGAAGAAAGCUCUUUCUGUAAUAUUUUACAAAGUAUGAAAAUUCCUAUAAAACGAACUUUACACUUCGCAGAUAAGGCAAGAAGUUUGCAAAAUCAUUUUAAUGUACUUAAAAUUAUUGGAAGUUGCACACAAUAAUGUUACAUAUUUUAUUUACAAUGUUAACAUAAGAUGAAAAAUGAUGAAAUUUCUAAUGUUUCAUUAAUUAGUUAAUGAUACGAAAAUAUAUAGACUUCUUAAAUACAAUAUCACAUUUCAUAGAAGAUUUGUUCACAGUAGAACUUCUAUUAUUCGAAUUAAGUAUAAAAUCUUAAUUUUGUAUUUCCAUGUAUAAUUUAAAAAUAAUAUAUUCACACAAGGAAUGAUAUAUUUAUAUAAAAAAUAAAUAUUGAUAAUAGAGGUUCAACUAUAUACUUCAUACAGUAUUAUUUUCACAUAAUAAAUUAAUAUGUACAUAAAAACAUUUUAUAAUUAACUUUGUAGCAUAUUCUUAAUACCUCAAUAGUAAUGUAACAAUGUAAUAUCUCAAUAACUUAAGUUGUAUCGUAAUUCAAUUUUUGCAGCUUUAUAGUAGCUUAAGGUGCAUAAUUUCUUUAAUUGUAUAAUAUAAAUAAUAUAAAUUUUAAAAAGUAAUUUUGAUAUAGUGUAAAAUUUUAUCUACAAUAUACAAAUAUUUACUUGUACAGUUUAAUCCAUACAAAAUGAUGAUAUUUCUUUGAAUAUUACUAGCAUCUAUUUGGACAUUUUGUACGAUAGUAAGUUAUACUUCCAGAUUCUGAAACAAUUUGUCAUUAAAUAAUAAGGGUAAACAACUUGUUAUUAAAUAAUAAAAUUCAUUAAGUUUUCUGUAAUAAAAACAUUUACCAUUAUUUAAAUGUGAUAAUUUAACUUCAGCCCAUUCAUCAGAUCCAUCACAACAAUCACAGUAUCCAUCGUUAACCUUAUAAGAUGGUAUUUUGACUAUUUGAAAACAAUUAAAAUGUUAUUAAAAGAAAAAUAAAUAUACAUGAUAAAAUGUAAAUUAUUAAAUAUACCUAUAGACUGUAAAGAUGGAAGUUCACAAUUGAAAACACCAUUGUUACAUGCAUUGGUACCAGGUUCAUCACUACCAUCCAAAGGACAAUCACAAUAA